CAGACUUCCGCUGCGACGUCGACAAUCCCCGCGCCCCUUUGCCGCUGCGUGGUCGUCUCCCCCAGUCUGCCCUUGGCCUUACGAAUCAAUCUAGCAAGUCUCCGGAAUACGUCACUCGCGCACAGCGAACGUGUCUUAGUCUUACUUAGCCUUUCUCACCGCCAACGCAACACUCUAGCUGCACAGCCAGACUCGCGACCACCAGCACCUUGCCCAUCCACCAUCUCUGUACCAUCUACUGUGACUUUGACUAGUCAUGGCGGCUCCCACACAGUUGGCUUAUCGCACGUCCAAGGGCAUCGGGGUCUUCAACGCGGCUCCCACAUACGAGGCUCUUCCAGGGUUCACGCCGCCGGAAGGCAACCUUCGUUGUAAAUGUUACUCGCCUGACAGCAGGUACUUCGCUUGGGCGUCGCCCGAACAGGUUUCAGUAAUCGACGCCUCGACCGGCAGUCUCGUCUCGACCGUCCCUGCAGUCAACGUGUUUCAGCUCGGAUUCUCCCCGCUGGGCACCUACAUCAUUACAUGGCAGCUUCCUUCAAAGGACGAGGAUGGUAAUGCUAAGAAGAACCUGAAGGUCUGGAAGACUGUGCCGGAUGAGUCUGAGGGUGCUGAGCGAGCAGUGGUCGGCGAGUACGUGCAGAAGUCUCAGACUGGCUGGAAUCUGCAGUACUCUCCUGACGAGAAGUUCUGCGCACGCACUGUCACCAACGAGGUGCAAUUCUUCCAGUCUGAGGACCUACGCAACCCAUGGAACAAGCUGCGCGUGGAGGGAGUGACUGACUUUGCCCUGUCGCCCGGAAAGAACCAUUCAGUUGCAGUUUUUGUCCCGGAGCGCAAGGGAAUGCCAGCCUCAGUCAAGGUCUUCCAGGUGCCUCAAUUCAACUCGCCUGUCUCGCAGAAGACAUUCUACAAGAGCGACAAGGUUCAGCUGAAAUGGAACGAUCUCGGUACAAGCGUCAUCGUCUUGGCGCAGACCGAUGUCGACAAGACUAACAAGAGUUACUACGGCGAGACGAAUAUGUACAUUCUUAGCGCCAACGGCUCUUUCGACUCGCGUAUCCAGCUUGAUAAGGAAGGCCCGAUCCACGACGUGUCGUGGUCGCCGAACUCGAAAGAGUUUGGUGUCGUGUACGGCUACAUGCCAGCAAAGACCACUAUCUUCAACGUCCGUGCUAUCCCCCAGCACAGCUUCGAUCUAGGCCCGAGAAACACAAUCAGCUUCUCACCCCACGGUCGCUUUGUAUACGUUGCUGGCUUCGGUAACUUGGCUGGAGAUAUGGACAUGUACGAUUUGGAGAGGAACUACCACAAGGUCUGCACCAUCAAGGCCUCUAACUGCACUUACUGCGAAUGGAGCCCCGAUGGCAGGCACGUUCUUACCGCGACCACCAGCCCGCGUCUUCGUGUCGACAACGGAAUUCGCAUCUACCAUGUCACUGGACCUCUUAUGUACAACCAGGAUAUGACCGAGCUGUACCACGUCACCUGGCGCCCACAGUCGCCUCAGCAGCAUCCGUUGGAUAAUGUGCUGACUGCACCCGCGCCUCACCCAUCCGCAGCCGCGUUUACCGCCACCCAGAAGACUCCUUCCAAGCCUGCUGGUGCCUACCGCCCCCCUGGUGCACGAGGAACGGCUACUCCUCUCAUGUUCAAGCGUGAAGAUGAAGGUGGCGCUGCUUACACGAACACUGGCGUAUCUUCGACCAACGUUGGAUUCCAGAACGGCUUUGGCAGAGGUGGUCGCCGCCAAGUACCUGGUGCUGAGCCUGCUCAGAACCUGCCACCAGGUGCUGCUCCCGGAGGUGGCGUCAGUCUCUCUGGCACUGGCGAAGGCGAAGAGCUGUCAAAGGCUGCUCAGAAGAACAAGAAGAAGCGUGAAGCGAAGAAGGCUCGUGAGGCUGCGGAUAAGGCCGCUGGUCUGACUGCCGACGCGCCCACCGGACCAGCUGGUCGAAGCCCUGAACGUCGCGAUGGCCGCGAUGGCCGCGACGGUCGUCAGCGCAGCCACAGUAAGAAUGGAGGCUAUGGAAACGGCAGGAGCCCCAGCCAGCAGCGCCCGUACGGAAACAGCCCUAAUCGCCGUGCCCGACCUCAGGAUGGACAACAGCGCCAGAACCACGGUCAGCAGCAGCAACGUAGUCAGGAUGCUCGUACUCUUCCUCCUGUCCAGACCUCGAACGCACCCGCCCCCGACCUUACCGUCACUAGUCCUGGCGAUGGCGGAAACCCUCAGGACAAGAAGAUCCGUGGCCUGCUCAAGAAGGUCCGCGCUAUCGAUGAGCUUAAGAUGAGGCAAGCUGGUGGCGAGAAGCUCGAGGACACCCAGAUCAAGAAGAUUGGCACCGAGGAGUCCAUCCGCAAGGAGCUCAGCGCGCUUGGGUUCCAGGGUUAGAAUCUCCUGGAGCCCAGGCUCAAUUGGGACGCUAUAAACACCAUCUACAUGCGCUCAGGGCUACCGGAGAGCCGAACCCCAUCGCCCAAGAAAUACGUGGUGCUGAACAGUCCUCCAAUCUUGCCAUUGAGCCCGCGACUCUUGCCUCAUAGACGAUAAAUUGGAUGGCGAAGUAGAGUAGACGGUACCCAACACUGGCUACCAAGAAAAGCAUAAAAUCAUUCUUCAUUAC